AUGUCCGCGCAGUUAUGUACAUUUGCAACGCCGAAGAAGUCGCGCACAGUAUCGAGUACAUCAGUUCCGCUAUUACCACAACCCAUCGUGCCAGAUCCUCCCUUUGAGCAAAGUCCAACGCCAAGAACGCCCUCCUUCUCUAGUCCUGGACAAUACCGUCGGAAUGAAAAAGACUUCGCCUCAACUCGAUCUAGCAAUGAUCCGCGUGGUGCUCGUCCGAGCUACAGAGGCGAUCCAUCAUGUCAGGGCUUCGUCGACCACUUUACCCAAUGGGUCGAUUAUCUCAAGGACGAGGUGAGCAGAAGUACCGAGGCCUGGUUUGAUCCGUCGUGGACCACCUUGGACUCUGUCAACCAGCAAGUCUCGGAACCGGCCUUAGAAAUCUCCAUCGAUACAGUAGCACUGGAGCCAGCUUCGCGAACUGCGAAUGCUAGACCGGUGACAAUCAAGUUGCCUCCAUACAACCACAGCACCCGCUUAAUCCAAAUACUUGAAUCUACGAUUGGCCAUGAGCAGCACUACUUCCGACGUAAAGAAUUACGUGACAAGGUCUACAAGAUGCAUCAGGAUCCUAGUUCCCCGCAAAGCAAAGACCACAACUGGCUGUGUUACUGGCUCGCAGUAAUAGCGUUGGGUGAGUUGUACCAGGGUGGCGAUCUUGCUGCUUCAGAAGACUCUGUGCCAGGAACCACCUACUACAAUCAAUCAGUUGCACUCCUGCCCCAAGUUGCGGAAACACCAGACAUGCAGUACAUUGCAACGCUGUGUUUACUGUCUCUGUUUGCGCUUGCAACGAAUCGCCGAAACACUGCCUACAUGUACGUGGGGGCUGGUUUGCGAGCAGCUCUGGCAUUGAGCAUGCAUCGAGAUCCUCAAGAAUACCCUUCAGAGCGCUCUGCUCUCUCCGAAGCAGAUAUGGAACACCAAAGGAGACUAUUCUGGACGGUCUAUUUCCAGGACUUGUUGACAACCACAGAUACCGGCCGACCGUGGGGCAUUCUAGAUGACGAAAUCAGUGUUUCUUAUGCCUCGUCGAUAUCUCAUAGUGGCGAUAUGCUCCUCGAGUUCUUUGACGCCGAUGAAGCCAAUCAGCACCUGGAAUUGAUGCGCAUAAGAGGGCAGGGCUACUCCUCCUUGUACGGAUAUGCUGGAACUGCAAUCAAUCCACAGUCCCAUAUCUGCCUCUUACGUCAUGAACUCGGAGAGCCUCUCACAUCUCAGCACCUGGACAAGAUUGCUGAAUUCAUAGACAGCUUCGCUUCCUGGGAGAGUGAGCUUUCUCCUGCAAUGAAGAUUGGACAGGACUGGAACAACGUCAUGACAAAUCUCAACCGGUUCAAUGCCCACCUGUACCUGAUCUACUACCAGUCCAUACUUGUUAUGCUGCGGCCAGCACUUGUCUCCUUAUUCAACGAGUGGUACAAACAUGCAACUAAGCACGGAGAACAAUAUGCAAACAACCGAAUCGAUGAGUCGGGAAUGGCGCUUACAGCACAAUUGCUCAAAAUGUACACCCAAUCUCUGAAUGCUGCUCGCCAAGCCUCGAUUCUCGUACGAUGGCUGUCCGAUCAAGGUGCUCUUUUGACGUACAGCUACCAACAUUCCACUUAUCUCUUCACGACUGCCAUCACUCUCUACAUUGCACGUGCCAUGUCCACGCAGGGAACCUUCGGAAUGUAUUUUACUCUUGAGGAUCAUGCCCAUCUGAGCGCAGUCGCACAGCUCCUGCAGAACCAAGCAGCCGCCAGGAGUCCACCAGCCAUGGACUUUACCAGAAGGCUAGAAUCGCUGGAUUCCAAAUUGCAAGUACUCGGUGCGUAUCUGCACGAUAUGGGCUUUUCUAACGGCGGUCUAUCUUUCUGA